UUGUCCCUCUCCAGGAUCCGUAGUAAACAGUGAUGGCUUCUUCCGAGACACAGUCGCGUUUCGGUCAAUCUGUUAAAGGUUUAUUGUCUGAUAAAGUCACUUCUUGCAGUGGAGAUGUAAUCGCUCUAACCCGUCAAGUGUUGAAAGGAUCCCGGAGCCAAGAACUACUCAGUCAGGCAGCGAGAAAUAUGGUAAUUCAAGAAGAUGCCAUUCUGCAUUCUGAAGAUAGUCUACGGAAAAUGUCUAUUAUAACGACCCACUUGCAAUAUCAGCAAGAAGCCAUUCAAAAGAAUGUAGAACACUCCAAAAACCUGCAGGACCAGCUAAGACACUUGAUGAAGUAAUGGAGCUCUUCUGUGGAUAUAGCCUAUACUCUGGUCUUUCACUGAUUUUUUCAAGCUCAUUUCAUAGCAGAUUGCUCUUUUAGUACAUGCACAGGUCAUCAUCCUCUUCUGUUCUUAUGGCCUGCUUCUUGAUACUCAUGCAAAACAUGCAUUAGAACUUCAAGUGAAGGAUUUUCAUUGAAAGAUUAUUUCCAGUAUUCAUAUUUGUCUUUUUGAAAUCAUAGUCCAAUGUCAAAACAGGUUGCACUGUUUUUGUCUCAUCUUUUAAGCAUACAUUUGUGUAAGAAGAUUUUCUUUUAGACUUUUAGAUCUUGAAUUUAUUGUACACCAACUGUACAAAUUGUAUUUUCUUAAUUUAUUUGUUAUUGUCUCGACUAUAUUUGAAUAUAUUGUAUAAAAUGGCACAAAUAAUUGUUUCUUCACAUUUUGCUAUUUCUUUAUUGUGUGUAAUCUUGGAGCAACUUUAUGUGGAAAACUAUGGCAAAUUGAUGAAAUGUGUCCUUUGUUGAAAGUCCAACAGGGGGGUAAAUGAUAACGUUUAUCCCACAUGCAAAAUCAGCACCCCCGUUUGCAAGGGCAAGCAGAUGGAUGUCCAUGACCUAGAGCGAGGCCUUGAGCAUAACUAUCUACUUCAACAAAGUUUUGACUCUUAUCUGCAAGACUUAAUAUAAUAUAUAUAUACAUAUAUAUAUUUCAGUCAAAAUAUUAGUGAGGGUCAAAAACUAUACUGAUUUCAAAAUAGUAACACGUUGUAUUGUAACAAUUGCAUUUAUAAUCUCUUGACAGUUGCGUAACUUUUUAAUAAAAUGAGUAAUUCAAGAAAGUUAUAAAAACCUUUUAAAAAUGUUGAAAAAAAUAGUUGGUCAUGCAAUGUCAAUAGUUAUAAUAAAUACAAGUUAAUUUUAA